AUGGCAAAAAUGAAUCUCUCUUCCUACACAUUAAUACUAACUUUUUCUUUGCUUUCUCAAGCCAUUUUACUUUCAGCAUCCAAGUCCAUAAGAAAUUUAGAAGAUGAUAUGGUAUUUAACACAUUUAGGCUGGGAAAAGCCUUUCAGAAGGAAGAUACUGCAGAGAAAUCAGUCAUUGCUCCUUCCCUGCCACAAUAUAAAAAUGAUGAGAGCGGUUUCAUGGAUGAUGAGGAAAACAAAAAUUCAAGGAACGCAGGCUCCAAACAUAAUUUCUUGAAUCAUGGUCUGCCACUGAAUCUGGCUAUAAAACCUGAUCUUGCACCAAAAGGAUCUGUAGUUUUUCCAGCUGAGAAUGGAGUUCAGAAUAUUGAAUCAACACAAGAAAAGAGAGAAACUGGGGAUGAAGAAAACUCAGCUAAAUUUCCUAUAGGAAGGAGAGAUUUUGACAUGAUCAGGUGUAUGCUGGGAAGAGUCUAUCGACCAUGUUGGCAAGUCUGA